AACCUCCUAGUUGUUCUUUAAUUUAAGUGACAAGUACUAACUAAAAAGGGAAGGUGGCAACGAAAUCAAUAUGAAGAUAAAGUUUGUUGUUGUUGAUAAGUUCGUUGGUGUCUAAAACUUAAAAGCUUCUUAUUCUACAGUAUUCAAAAUAAUGUAAUGUAUCUACAAUUUGAUUUUUUGGACAUGAACUUUGAACAUGAAACUGUUAGCCUAUGGUGAAUUGGAUACAAAGUAGCAUACAUUGUUAAUAUUAUACUACUAAUUAUUUUCAUUUGAAGCCCAGCAUUUCAUAAAGAUUCAUGUUCAUUAUGGGAGAGUCUGAAAAUAUUUCGAUUUCAUUGGACACAACCCUCCUGAGAAAACAAUUCAUUCAAGGGUUGAAUGGAUCAACUAUGAGUGAUGUAAUUAUAUUUUCCUCACAAUUCCCUUUACUGACUUUUGUUGCUGUAUCAUUUGAAUUUUUUACCCUAAAGAAGCUGCAACUGACCUCCUUCAAAAUAAGUAAUACUCCCAAAAGUCUCUAUAGCUCUAUUUUUGUUUAUUUGCUAGAAACUCUGAUGAUUGUUUUGCCUGUAACCGCAAUGUUCACAUUUUUCUCAGCUUACAUUAAUAUUUUUUUCUUUGUCAUGGUUGGUUUGAUCACUGCAAUUGUGAUUUCAUGUGUGUCAAGUGUGGACGAUAAUGUUUUGUAUUGGAAACUAACAAAUUUGAAACAGGAGUUGAUGUAUAAAGAAAUAAGUUGCAAGAAGCAGCUUUAUAUAACAUACUUCAGAUCAUUUGUGUUAUUAGUAACAGCCGUUUCAAUCUUAGGGGUGGACUUUCACAUAUUCCCCCGUAGAUUUGCGAAAACUGAAACUUAUGGUGUAUCAUUAAUGGAUAUAGGCGUUGGUAUGUUUGUGAUUUCAAAUGCACUCGUUGAAAAACAAACAUCAGGCACAUUUACUUGGAAAAAGACUGUGAUGUCAAGUUUAGUACUUUUAUCCAUAGGCAUUAUGAGAUGUUUAUUGAUACAAAAUCUUGAUUAUCAAAUGCAUGUUUCUGAAUAUGGUAGACACUGGAACUUUUUUAUUACGUUAGCGUUUACAAAAUUACUAUCUACCUUGUUUUGUAUUACUUUUAGAGGUCAUAGUUUGGUGACUGGUAUAGUUUUGGUCUUAAUCCAUCAGUACUUACUCUCUCAUUCAUUAGAGUCAUUUGUAUUUGGUAACAAUGACAGAAAGAACUGGUUUACUGCUAAUAUAGAAGGAAUUGUAUCCCUAAGUGGAUAUUUAGGCCUUCAUAUGAUUGGUAUCGCAGUUGGGAAUUUUCUUAAUCCAAGAGAUAAAUACCUCCAAACUAAACACAAAAUGAAGGCAAUUCUGAUUUUCAGUGUGACAUCUGUGUUUUUGUUCUUCACAUUGUAUUACUUUGAAAGUGCAGAUAUCAAAGUUAGUAGGCGCUUAGCAAACCUACCAUAUGUUCUUUGGAUAACAGCUAUCAGUCUUGAACUACUUGUACUGUUUUUAUUAAUAGAAUUUACUUUGUAUUGGCUGUUACCUAUAGAACCACAAUAUAGAAACAAACUCUACUACAUUCUCACUCCGGUUGUGCUCGAAGGUAUUAAUUUUAAUGGAUUACUUUUUUUCUUAGUGUCCAACUUGAUCACUGGUCUAAUAAAUAUUUGCAUAGAUACAUUCAGUUCUAGUUUAUGGACAAGUUCAUUCAUACUAUUGGCUUACAUGUUUGUGGAUUGUGCCAUGGUAUUCUUUUUAUAUGUAUUCAAUAUUCGCCUGCAAUGGUAGGUCUCAGUGGGUUUUGCAAAUAUUUUCAAACAACAUAGAGACAUAAUCUUAUCUGCGUUUUUUGUGAUUAAAAUCAAAUCAAUUCAUUGUGAUUCUAAAUUAUUGAGAAUGGAAACAAAUCAUUCAAAUGCCAGCAAAACAACAAUACUAACAGUACAUAUCCGACUAUAUUUGU